AUGACUGGACAUCUAAAAGGAUUUGUUAAAGAACUGAAUGAGGAUAUAUUAGUUACCCAUUGUUUUUUGCAUCGAGAAGCACUUGUUACAAAAUUUUUGCCAUCAGAUUUGAAAAUAGUUCUGGAAGAAUGUGUUAAAAUGGUUAAUUAUAUAAAAUCAAGACCAUUAAAAAGUAGAUUAUUUAGUAAAUUAUGCCAAGCUAUGGAAGCGAAGUAUGAAUCCUUGUUACUCCAUACAGAAGUAAGAUGGUUGUCCAGAGGAAAAGUUAUAUCUCGUGUGCUGAAAUUAAAAGACAAAAUGAAAAUAUUUUUUGAACAAAAUAAAAAUUAUGAAUUUGUUCAUUUGUUAGAAGAUAAAAUAUGGUGUACUAAACUGGCUUACUUAUCAGACAUUUUUGUUAUUUCUAACAACAUCAAUUCAAGUAUGCAAGGGCCUAAUGAAAAUAUCUUAAACUCAACCGAUAAGCUGGUGGGAUUCAAAAAACAAAUAACUCUAUGGAAAAAUAAAGCUCAGGAAGCAUUAGCCAACAUUAAAGCUAAAAAAAGAUCAAGACUGUUAAAUGUAGAAGACGAUAUGAGAGUAGCAUUGUCAUUUUUACGACCAAAUAUAAAUGAAAUUAUCAAAAAACUUCAAGCUCAAAUUUCGCAUUAA